AGAUAAUGGUUUGACAAUACCUGUGAAUACAUCAGUAGUUUUACAUCAAUACUGUAUAUUAAUGGACGAAAAGUAUUGGUCUGAACCAAACCGUUUCAGACCCGAAAGGUUUCUCAAUGAUGACGGACUACUUGUAAACAUUAAACCCAAUUCAUUCAUACCGUUCAGCUAUGGACGUCGUGUCUGUCCCGGCGAAGAUCUGGCCAUCAAUGAUAUGUUUUUGAUUUUAGUCAGAUUUAUACAAUUGACUAACGAUUAUGAUAUUGUUUUAUGCAAUGAUAGGCCAACUGAUGAUGACUUAGAGCCCAAUAGGGAAACACUUGUCCUACAGAGUCCUAAAUCGUUUGAUAUUAUGUUUAAAACC